AUGUCUAUUUUCAGACCUUUAUAUUUGAUUAAACCGCACGACUUUACCAAGCUAGAAGAUGACCUCCCAGACUCAAAACCUGUGGAAUAUUAUGAUAGUCGGGAUAUGGAUUCGACUAAUCAGAAGGCUGUCAUGCAGGAGUGGGAGGGUUGGAUGGCUACAUUUGGAAGUAGCAAGCACAAAGUUCUGGUCGACUUGAGUCGCAUGUCACACAAUGAAGCAAAGGCUGCCAAGGAAUACCUAAUCAAGAAGGCGCUUGUUGGUCGGAAGUUGGACAUGUUGGCGACAAGCAGGGAGCAAUUGCGUGACAAUGAAGCUGUCAGAGUUUUACUCUGA